AUGAAGGUCUUUACGGCAAUUCUGGCAAUUAGUGCCAGCAUUCCUUCGGUUCUUGCUCAUUAUCGUUUCCCUUCUCUUAUUGUCGGAGGAACUACCACGGGGCAAUACCAAUAUGUCCGCCAAAACUCCAACAUGAACUCUCCAGUUGAGAAUGUGCAAUCAACUGAUUUCACCUGCAAUGCGGGUGCGAGACUCGGAAGUAACACUGGAACGUACGAAGUCGCUGCUGGUUCUACAGUUGGAUUCGCACUUGACCAACAAGUUUUCCACCCUGGUCCAUAUAUUGUCUACCUCGGCCAGGCCCCAUCUAGUAUCACCAAUUUGAACAGCUGGGAUGGCUCUGGAGCCAACUGGUUCAAGAUCCACCAAAGACAAAUCACAUUCGGAAGCAAUGGACCUAACUGGGAGAUGCUUAACUCCCUCACCUUCAAGCUCCCGACUAGAAUCCCAAGUGGCCUUUACCUUCUCCGUAUCGAGCAUAUCGCUCUCCAUAGCGCCUCCAACUACCCUGGUGCUCAGUUCUACAUCUCUUGCGCUCAACUCAAGAUCACCGGUGGCUCUGGGGGCAGCCCGGCCAAGGUCUCCAUCCCCGGUGUCUACUCCGGUCAGGAACCUGGCAUCAAGUUGAACAUUUAUUACCCCAUCCUGAACAGCUACAACUUCCCAGGACCAGCUGUCUACUCUUAA